AUGACUAGAACCAACGAACAGAUAGCCCGUGCCAUAGUAAUGAUGGCUAUGGCUAUGCAACAACAGAAUGCAUAUUUUGCUAGGAUGGAAUUUACGCGUGAAGCGGAUCUAGAGGUAGCUGACCGCUGGAUACGUGAGUUAGAGAAGAUCUUUAAUGUUCUGGGAUGUUCUCCGGAGAAGAGAUUGGCGUAUGCUGUGUAUAUGCUGGUGGGAGAGGUCGAGCAUUGGUGGAGAAACACUUACCAGAUGCUUACUGCUCGGGGAGUUACAGUUGAUUGGGAGUGUUUCAGGACCGUAUUCAUGGAGAAGUAUUAUCCGGAGAGCAUGAGGCACGCCAAGGAGGCUGAGUUUUUGCGAUUGCAUCAGGGUGGGUUAUCUAUAUCAGAGUAUGCAUUGAGGUUUGAGCACUUGGCUCGUUUUUAUUCACAGGCUAUUUCUGAAGCCUAG